AUGAGGAUAAUUUGCUGGAACUGCCGAGGUGUGGGCAAUCCUCAGGCAGUAAAUGCUAUGGUGGAUAUUGUACAGUAUUAUAAACUAUCUAUUCUUUUUCUUAUGGAAACAAAAGCUAAUGGUGUAAGGAUGGAACAAAUAAAGUCUUUAUUACGUUUUUCUCAUUGUUUUUCUGUUGAUUGUGUUGGUAUUGGGGGUGGUCUCUGUCUUAUGUGGAAAGAUGAUGUCAAGCUAGCCAUUACAGGUUAUUGCUCUAAUUUUAUUGAUUCUACAAUUGGAGACGGUUCUGAUUGUUGGAGGUUUACUGGGUUCUAUGGUUGCCCUGAGUCGGGUCGUCGCCGAACUUCGUGGAAUUUGUUGAGGGAUUUGGCGGAUAGGAGUCAGCUUCCUUGGUUAUGUAGUGGUGACUAUAAUGAUAUUGCUGAUCCGUUGGAAAAAGUUGGUGGUCCUCUUCGUUGUAUUUCUUUGAUUAAUGGGUUUCGUAAUGCUCUUGCUGAUGCCAAUUUAAAUGAUAUUCAGGCUGUGGGGUCUUUUUUGUCUUAUACAUAUAGAGAGGGUACUGAUCAGUGUUCGAAGGAGAGGUUGGAUCGUGCUUGUUCUAAUACAACCUGGGAUGCUCGUUUUCCUGAUGCGAUUUCGUCUAAUUUAGUUGCUCCAGUUUCUGAUCAUACUCCUUUAUUGAUUGAAACUGUUGGAACUCAAGUUAGGGAGGAUAAUCGACGUUUUCGUUUUGACAAUUCAUGGCUUGAGGAUGAUGAGUAA